AUGUUCAGGAACGCUCUGCGGCAGUCUGGCCGCACUGUGACCGCCGUCUCUGCCACUGGCAGGAUCGCUUCGGUCCGCGCGGCUACCCCCGGUCCCCUGGCUGGUGCCUCCAAGCAGAUCCGUUCCUACGCCGCUGAGGCCAAGGCCUCCCCCACUGAGGUUUCCUCCAUCCUUGAGCAGAGAAUCCGUGGUGUUCAGGAGGAGUCUGGUCUCGCUGAGACUGGACGUGUCCUUUCCGUCGGAGAUGGUAUCGCCCGUGUUCACGGUAUGACCAAUGUCCAGGCUGAGGAGCUGGUCGAGUUCGCCUCCGGCGUCAAGGGCAUGUGCAUGAACUUGGAAGCCGGCCAGGUCGGUGUCGUGCUUUUCGGUUCUGACCGUCUCGUCAGGGAGGGUGAGACUGUCAAGCGUACUGGAGAGAUCGUCGAUGUUCCCGUCGGUCCUGAGCUUCUGGGCCGUGUCGUUGACGCUCUUGGUAACCCCAUCGAUGGCAAGGGUCCCCUCAACACCACUCAGAAGCGCCGUGCUCAGCUCAAGGCUCCUGGUAUCCUGCCCCGUCGUUCCGUCAACCAGCCCGUCCAGACCGGUCUCAAGUCUGUCGACUCCAUGGUUCCCAUCGGCCGUGGUCAGCGUGAGCUGAUCAUCGGUGACCGUCAGACUGGAAAGACUGCCGUCGCCCUUGACGCCAUCCUUAACCAGAAGCGUUGGAACAGCACCGCCGAUGACAGCCAGAAGCUCUUCUGUGUCUACGUUGCCGUCGGUCAGAAGCGUUCCACCGUCGCCCAGCUCGUCAAGACCCUUGAGGAGAACGACGCUAUGAAGUACUCCAUCGUCGUUGCUGCCACUGCUUCCGAGGCUGCUCCCCUGCAGUACAUUGCUCCCUUCACAGGAACAGCAAUGGGGGAGUACUUCCGUGAUUCUGGCAAGCACGCCGUCAUCGUCUAUGAUGACCUGUCCAAGCAGGCCGUCGCCUACCGUCAGAUGUCUCUGCUGCUUCGUCGUCCCCCCGGUCGUGAGGCCUACCCCGGAGAUGUCUUCUACCUCCACUCUCGUCUCCUUGAGCGUGCUGCCAAGCUGAACGAAAAGCACGGUGGUGGCUCCCUCACCGCUCUGCCCAUCAUUGAGACCCAGGGUGGUGAUGUCUCUGCCUAUAUCCCCACCAACGUCAUCUCCAUUACCGACGGUCAGAUCUUCUUGGAGUCUGAGCUCUUCUACAAGGGUGUCCGUCCCGCUAUCAACGUCGGUCUUUCCGUCUCUCGUGUCGGUUCCGCUGCCCAGGUCAAGGCCAUGAAGCAGGUUGCCGGUUCCCUGAAGCUGUUCUUGGCUCAGUACCGUGAGGUUGCUGCCUUCGCCCAGUUCGGUUCCGAUCUCGAUGCCUCCACCAAGCAGACCCUCAACCGUGGUGAGCGUCUGACUGAGCUUCUGAAGCAGAAGCAGUACAGCCCCAUGAGUGUCAGCGAGAUGGUUCCUCUCAUCUUCGCUGGUGUCAACGGUUUCCUUGACAACAUCCCCGUCGCCAAGAUCCUCACCUGGGAGGCUGACCUCCUUGCUCACCUCAAGAGCAGCGAGCCCGAGAUCCUGUCCACCAUCGAGAAGGAGGGUCAGGUCAGCAAGGAGCUUGAGGCCAAGCUCCGUGAUGUCCUCAACGCCUUCAACAAGAGCUUCAGCGCAUAG